AUGCCGGAAGAGACAAAUCUAACAGGCCAAAGACGCUUGACAUUUAAAGUAGAGUUUGGAAUACCAGCGAGAGGUGCAUUCACUGGACAGGAUUUUGAAGUGUUGGUCAAUGAAGCAGUACGAUUAGUAUUAGGGCAAAGUGCGCCGAAUUAUUCAUUGGGUCCAUUUAACGAGACUGAACGGAAAGGGUCUGUGGUUGUUCAAGCAUCGGACGUGAAUCUUAUUUGGGCAGCACUUUCAGUAUAUGGACGUUUUUUUGGCAAACCAAUCGCUUUGCAUUUCAAUUCGGUUGGCCUUUUAGUACUGUGUACUACUUGGCUUUAUAUAUAUUUACUUGGUGGAUCGAAAGGUAUUGGAAAGGCAAUCGCCGUAGCCUUAAUUCGGCGCGGUUGUUCUAUUUCUUUGGUUGCACGUAACGUGGAACAGCUUGAAUUCGUGUGUAAUGAAUUAAACACACUCGCAAAAACGGAGAGAAAUGGUGCAGUCGCAAAGUAUUACAGUGUUGAUGUCACUUCAUCCUACACGGUGCUGAAAAGAGUGGUAGAAGAAGCGGAAAAUGAACUUGGUGAUAUCAAUAUUUUGGUGAAUAACGCGGGGUAUGCUCUGCAAGGCGCUUUUGAUUCGGUUGAUGUAUCAGUAUAUGAGGAACAAAUGUAUCUGAAUUUUUUGAGCGCGGUUUAUAUAACUAGAGCAGUGGUGUCCAAAAUGAAAAAGUCACGAGAUGGUCAAAUCAUUUUUGUGAAUUCCGCAGCCGGUCAAUGUCCAAUUUGGGGAUAUACUGCUUACGGAGCAACAAAAUUCGCAAUGCGUGGUUUCGCUGAAGCAUUGUAUAUGGAGCUGCUUCCAUAUAGUGUUCAAGUAUCGGUAAUCUAUCCUCCAAAUACAAAUACCGAAGGCUAUCAGCGUGAAAUAUUGACAAUGCCAAAAGAAUUAAAAGAAAUCAGUGGUACCGCAGGACUAUUUGAACCAGAAACGGUUGCUGAAUGCCUCAUUUAUAAUCUUUCUCGUGGUAAUUAUCACACAUGCAUUGGUUUGGAAGGCUGGGCACUUGGAGUAUUGUCAGCGGGUGCUGCACCGGAAAAGAGCUUUCUGCAAGCUGCUGCACAGGUACUUCUUGGUGGCUUGUUGCGGGGGAUCAUGCUGAUUUACAUCGGUCAUUUUAACUGGAUAGUGGAGAAAUAUAGGCUUAAGCAAUGA